AUGAACUGGCUUCACAUACACUUUGACGAAGCCUUCUCCUCCCUCCGAAUUGCUAAUUACAAGUCAUUCACCCGAUUCCACAUCAAAAGUGACGGGGAUCUUGAAGUCUACACUCUUGCAGUUGAUAAGGUCCCGAAAGAGUGGAAGCUAGACCCUGAAUGGGAUAGGGAGCCAAGACAGCCACAACAAAUAAGCCACCUUAGAAAGUUUCCUAACAAGUGGAGAGCAGCUGCCGCUCAACUGGAUCCGUUAAAUACCGUUAAAAUUGUUGAUCACUUUGUUAUUCGACAAACAGAUAAAACUGUUAAUGGAGCAAGUGAUGGAUCAGUAAUUAGCUAA